AUGGCAAGACAAUGGAUUUUAAACAGCCAAGAUGGCUUUGAAGCUUCUCUUGAAUAUCAACAAAAUGUCAUUGUGCCAUCGGCGGCCAAAUUAGGCCCAACUGAAGUCCUAGUCAAGCUUCACGCUGCCAGCCUCAACUAUCGUGAACUCGUGAUUGCUGGACCAAUCGGUGUCAACGGACCCAUAACUGCACCGAUUGUACCAGGAUGCGAUGGCGCCGGCAUCGUCGAAGCAGUCGGUUCCUCUGUCCAUGAAUUUCGCCCUGGAGAUCGCGUUGUCACUUAUGCCGUCCCAAAACUCGCCGAAUCCGACGGUGACGACGCUUUUUCCUCCGUUACUGAUGUUCCCUACAUGAUGGGCCAAGGUAUUGAUGGAACCCUAAGAUCUAUGGGCGUCUUCCCUGAAAAGGGGCUGGUGCAUGCCCCUAAAUCGCUGGAUUGGUUACCUGCAGCGACAUUGACGUGCAACUGGACAACUGCAUGGAAUGCGUUGUUUGGCUUAAAAGGUAGAGAAGCAGGACCGGGAACAUGGGUGCUUGUACAGGGUACAGGUGGUGUGAGUAUCGCAACGUUGCAGGUCGCAGUCGCAGCUGGCGCUACUGUUGUUGCUACUACAUCCACGGAAGAGAAAGCUGCUCGUCUCCGGAAACUCGGUGCUGCCCAUACUAUCAAUUACCGCUCCAACCCCGACGACUGGGCCUUGCAAGCCAAGCGUCUCACCCCUGGAGGACGUGGAUUUGACAUCGUCGUCGAUGUUGGAGGAAAUGAGACUUUGCGUCAAUCCCUAGCAGCAAUUCGCGUGGACGGCCAGGUCUUGGUGUUAGGUGCCGUCGGAGGGACUGCUGAGAAUGUACCCCUGUUUGCAGUUUUGUUGAGUACUUGUAUUGUCAGGGGCUUCCUUUGCGGGAGCAGGAGGCAACUGAAAGAGGUGAUACAGUUCAUUGACGAGAAAAAUAUAACUCCUGCUAUGGACGAUGUGGUGUUUGAGUUGGCGGAGGCCAAGGAUGCAUACAGGAGACUUAAGGAGAAGAAGCACUUUGCCAAGGUACUGAUCAGGAUUGAUCAUUUUUAG